UGGAUAUCGUACUCCUGAAGGUGAUCACUGUGCGCAAGAUCCGAAUCAAUAAGAUAUGCGAGUCUUGUCUUAUUGCUUAAAGUCGUUGGGGGUGUCGAGCAAACUUUUGUCUCGAGGCUUCAUUCCUGCCAGGUUCAGGUCAACCCUUAGUCCAGAAGAUAGGAUGCGUUACAUACAUUGGUGCUCUUUCGUUUUCCUUGCAGGGUCAUUUACUGUAGGUUCAGUCUUACUGACAAGAGACCUUGCAAAAGCCAAAAAAAUAUCAGAACAAAAAUAUGGUCUGCCAUCUAUCGGUGGCGACUUCAAUUUGGUUGACCAUAAUGGAAACCCAUGUAAAUUAGCUGAUUUCCGCGGAAAAUGGGUUCUGUUGUACUUUGGGUUCUGCCGAUGUCCAGAUAUAUGCCCAGAACAAAUAGAGAGACUUGUGGAAGUAUCUGACAGAAUAAUGCUUAUUGAAAAACCCAAGUAUCCCUUAGUGCCUGUAUUCAUGUCUGUCGACAGCGAACGUGAUACCCCAGAUAUUUUAGCUAAAUACGUUAAAGAAUUUUCACCACAUCUGAUCGGGCUGACCGGUACCAAAGAAGAAAUUGAUAAAGUUUCUAAGCUCUAUCGUAUUUAUUACAGUGCAGGACCAAAAGAUGCAGAUGGCGAUUAUAUUGUUGACCACACUGUUAUAAUGUACUUACUGGAUCCGAAAGGACAAUUCUCCGACUAUUAUGGACAAGUUAAACCAGUACAGGAGAUAGUACAAAGUAUUACAGAAAAAAUGAAUGCAUACAAAGACUAACACUUCUUAUGCCUGGAAUAAAAUCUCUCUCAAACUUCGCAUCUGGCUUGUUGAUAUCCAGCGGUUCUGGUGAAGUUAUCACGGCUAAAAUAGUAUGAACUGAUCAGUUGAUGAGAAAUACCUAUGAUGGCGUAGCGAAGAUUAAUACUUUUUAUUAUACUACAAAGUGACAUCGACUGGUGAAUUAUUGAGACUGUCAUCUUGUAAAAUGUUCUACUCUCAGCGUAAAUAAGUAUAUUAGUCAUAACAAUUGAAGCUGCGAUCCAGUAGAUUACAUGUUACAAGUUCAUGUUAUAGUGAUGGCUUGAAGUUGAUUAUCCCAAAUUAUUCUACUAAUUCAUCUCUACAUAAGGCAAUAGCUUAAUUCAGUUCUUAUGAGUAUUGUAAACCUUCCAUAAUAAUUUGACUUCAAUAUAAUGAUACAUGUACUUUUGUCUUCCUCAUUGUUGUUUUGAUUUAUCCAUUGUAGUUGACAUUUUCACUAUUGUAUUCCUUAUUUUCAUUUUUAUAAAUGUAGUAAGUACAAUAUGUAUUUCAGUGUGCGUUACCUACUUCGUUUUGAAUAGUUAGACGUGCCACUACUUAUUUGUAGUUAAGUUUUGUUGUAUGGAAAUUUCUGAAGAAAACUAGUGGUUUGA